ACGAGCACCGCCUCCCCGCCGCCUACGACGACGUCAUCGACACCGUCCCCUUCCUCCGCGAUUUUGCGUGAUUUUGGGUGGUUUUUCCAGAAAAUUAAUGGCGAGUACUGCAUGCUUUGUCAUUGUCAGUAAGAAUGAUAUUCCUAUUUAUGAAGCUGAACUGGGGUCUGCAUUUAAAUUUCAGCAGUCUUUUGUUUUCUUUGACCUACCAUGCCAUACACACUAGAUUGAUGCUGCUUCAUGAUCUGCGUAAUGAGGAUGGAAUAAAAAGCUUCUUCCAAGAGGUAACCGCGGUCAACUGGCUCCGACCCGAAGCCGACCCCUUCCUCGCCGACGCCGACUUUAAUAACAUCUUCAUCUCUGGCGAGUCUGCUGGCGGCGGCAUAGCCCACCACCUCGCCCUAAAGAUGGGCCCCACCAGAAUCAACGGCUACAUCCUGCUGCAGCCGUUCUUCGGCGGUGCUGAGCGCACAGAGUCCGAGGCCUGUUCUCACGCCGACGCGUCGGCGUCCCUGACCCUUGAGGGGUCCGAUCAGUGCUGGCGGAUGGCGUUGCCGGUCGGGUCCACGAGGGACGACCCGUUGGCGAACCCAUUCGGUCCCGGGGGCCCACGGUGGGAGGAGGUGGAGGUGGGGCCCAUGGUGGUGGUGGUGGCUGAAAGAGAUCUGUUGAGGGAUCGAGGCGUGGAGUACGGGAAGAGGCUGAGGGAGCUUGGGAAGAAAGUGGAGGUUGUGGAGAUUGAAGGGGCGGAGCACGGGUUUCUCUCGCUGGAUUCUCUGUCGCCGGCGGUGGAUGAGCUCGUCGCCAUUAUCAAGAGGUUCGUGGGGGAGAACCUGCGUGGACUUUGAUCUUCGUAGCUUGUGCUUCCGUUUUCUGUCACGUUUGAUACUUCCGUUCUCCAACUUUAAUCUAAGACUUAUUAUAUUUGCUUGUAAUAAUUCGUUUGUCGUGAUUGAAAUUUCAAGCUACGCAAUAAGUGUUUUGCUUCA